AUCUUCGUGGUGUAGAUUAAUACAGUAUCACUUUUUUCUUUUCUAUUUUUAAUUUAUUUUUACUCCAACCUUGUCGCCCCCGGGCUCCGUUGUGGGUAGAUGACCUGUGCCCGGGUGGACUAAUCCCUGUAAAAAACAAAAAUAGAUUAGGUAAGGUUAGACAUCCAAUCCAGUUGUUUUUCUGAUGGUUUUUGAUGUGUUUUGGACUUUUAUGUUGGUUGAUGAUCACUUUUUGUGAUUUCCUCGACCCAAAACCCCGGGUUCCCACUGGGGGUCCCCUAUUACUGUUGGAUAAGGGGGGGGGGAGGGGGCGUAUCUCAAAAACUAGUGAUUCCCGGUAGAAUGAAGGACAAAAUCAUUCAAAAUACGUCAAAAAUCAUCGAAAAAACAGUUUAUAGUUUAUCAAAUUACAACGAUGACUGCAACUCAAAUCUUACCUUGUUUACAGAGUGUUGCAUCGUGGGAGGCGGUGAAGGAGGAGAAGAAAACGAUAAGAGAAGCUGGUCAGGACCUUCUCUUUGACCUCAAGGAGAGAAGGGCAAAAGUCAGGGAGAAGGUCGACGAAAUUAUUGAGCGUGAGAACAUCUGGACGGUGCCAAACUUAUUGUGUGUGAGCCGCAUAGCUUUCUCGCCUGUCCUUGUCCAUUUAGUCGUGUCCUCAAACUACAGCUGGGCCCUCGGACUGUUCAUGCUCGCUGGCUUCACUGACUUGCUUGAUGGUUGGAUCGCCCGGACCUUCCCUGGACAAGCCUCUAACUUGGGGAGUUUUCUGGACCCUCUGGCUGAUAAAGUUCUUGUGGCUCUCCUGUUCCUCUCUCUCACCUAUGUUGGCCUUAUACCAUUACCACUGACGGGCCUCAUCAUCUACCGUGACGUGUUGAUCAUCGGAGGAGCUUCUUAUGUCCGCUACAAGAGUCUCCCGCCGCCUCGAACGGUGACGCGGUACUUCGACGCGACCCACGCCACGGCCAAGCUCGCCCCCACGACCCUGAGUAAGGUCAACACGGCCAUACAGCUGAGCCUAAUCACGGCCUCCCUCGCGGCCCCGGUCUUCUGCUUCACCGACCACUACUUGCUGAAGGCCAUCUGGUGGGUGACAGCGGCUACUACCCUCAGUUCUGGCAUCAGUUAUAUCUUCUCUCGAGACACUUACAAGAUCCUCAGUAACAUGAACAAGUCGCCUCAAAAAUAACAGCAAAGGGUCGCCUCAGAGUAACAGCAAAGGGUCGCCUCAGAGUAACAACAAAGGGUCGCCUCAGAGUAACAGCAAAGGGUCGCCUCAGAGUAACAUUCACCUGAUCAUAAAACACCCCAUUUAUUGCACCUGAUUAUUAAACGCCCUGAUGAUACUAUUAUAUAUUUUAAUAUAACCUAACCUAACCCAACCCAACCUAACCUAACCCAACCGCUUAAGAUAACAUCAGGGUAUUUAAUCAUCAGGUGGAUUAAGCUGGGGUGCUAUUCUUCAGGUGACCCAAUGCUCUAAUCUUUAAGUUCCUUGUAUAUUAUUUUUAUAAGACAGGAAAGACGAUGAAGAAUUUUAUAUUAUAUCUUAACGUUGAAUAAAUCGUCUUAGGUUAUGUUAACAGAUGAUGACCACUAAAAUUUAUAAUGUGUUAAAUGUCAUUAUAUAGAGGUCUCCCAGAGUUAGUAUACAGCGAAACCUCUAUAUUACGGACUUUAGUUGGCUGACUAACAUCUUACAUAUACUGUAGUUUGUUAAAAGGCUUCAUAUAGAACGGACGACCCUCUCUCUCUCUCUCUCUCGGGGUGUAUUCAAGAUCGUUUUACAUGGGCUCUCCUCACGGUGCCCAAGCCAUGGUUGUUGGUCAUACUCUAGGUGGUACAAAUAGUGGUGUUUGCGUGGGACUUACUCCAGGUCUGUCAACAUAGGAAACUAGAGAAUGUUGGUACACAAACAGCUGUUAGUUGUGGCCGGUAAAAACCAAAUAAAGAUAUAAAGAAUCACUAGAAUUAUCAUAUAUACUGUGCUGUACAAAGUGCAAAUCUUGUGGUAAUUUUUAAAUGUGUCUAAAGUCUGUCGAGUCACUGAGUGGUGUUUGGUUACAACCGACCUGCUUGGACCGAGUGUACUCUCGUGCGUACAUAACAUGUAAAAUUACCCCAUGACGCUUCAACAAAGUUGCUUUCGUUGGUGCCAGAUAACAAAAUAAGUAUUUCCUGUUUAAUAUGGCGAGGGUCCGUCCCCCAGGCUAGGAAGUUAGGCAAGGUUACGUUAGGUUUCUUUGGUUGGUUAGGUCGGGUUCUAUUACAUUCACUAUUACUAUAUUCAGGUUCGACAGAAAUGUAUAAAAUGAAAGGUACUCAAAAUGAUGAGAUAUAUCUAGAACUGGACCCAGAAAUAUUGUGGGACAUUAUGGACAUCAGUACUGAGUCCUAGGCUAAUGUACUACAAGUAUUGAAAUAUUUCAUUAUUUUCGGAUUAAUAUAUGACCAUUAAAAAUAUUGACAACUAAAGAUAAAUAUCCUGGAGUGUGUCAAACAACCCUUACUGUAAUGUUAGUUAUGGUCAAUAAAACAAUAGACGUUUUAAAUGUAUCUUCUAUAUUAGAGGCGAGUGAGUCGACACAUGUGUUAGAUUACAGUUGGUCUAAACACAUCAACAAAACUGAAGGGACAUUUCUAUAGUAAGACCUUCCUCUAUAUUUACACCAGACUCGUCAAUGGGUUUCAUAUUUGGCCGUCUCUGAUGUUCGGUAAACAAACGUGAGAUAUAAAAUGUUGGAGGUGAAGUGUGAAUGUGUAAAUGCCACAUCCGUCCUUGUUCAUCAGUGAAAUUCAUCAUGUAUGUAUGAUGAUUAUUUUUGUCGACUAUACUAGAAGCAUUGUAACAUUUGUCAUUAUCUUAAUAGUCAACGUUGAUUUAUCCUUGACGUAGGGCUUGCUUAGGGCGCCCACCUCCCCUCUCGUGAUAAUUCCAGUAGUAUCAGUGAACAUUCUCCGCGCCUCUUGAAUGUAAAACGUGAGGAUUUCUCUUGAUAAAAGCCCACAUAAAAUGAUCUUCAAUACAGCCCACACUACUCUCAUGUAAUCCAUUACAUAGAAGUUGGACUCUAUUUCUUAAUAAACACAUUUCUUCCAGUUCAAGAAGAUAACAAUGGCUGAAUUGUUAAUAUUUUAUAUAAUGAACACUUUAUGGGGUGAGUGAUUGAGAGAAACAUUUUGUAUCCCAUCAAAAAACACGGUAAGUUCUCAGCCAAUGUGGAUUCACCCGACAAGCUGUUUUUGAGAGGACAACCCCCUUCUUCCCCUCAAUGUUAAAGGAGAGCUUACAGUAGUCCACAAGCUAUGGGGUAAAAGUAUCGAGGAUUUUAUAUUUAUUUAUUUUCUUAAUAUGAGAAUUUUAUCUUGAAGCGUUUGAAAUUAUCUUAAAACAAAUGGCAUUAAAAUUACAAUAUUAUUCUUUAUUUAUUUAUUUGUUUAUUUUAUUAAUAAUUAUUGUC